AUUUUGUUAAGUUUUGUUUAGCUGAUCUCACAGUUCAGGAGAUUGUUUUUGAAUAUUCAGCGUCAUGCGUGCCUGUGGCGAGCUAAAACUAUUUUCCGUUGUAGGCCGUAAGCUCCCAACACCUAAAGAGCCGAAGCCUGUACCUUACAGAAUGCGGAUAUUCGCUCCGAACUCAGUUGUAGCCAAAUCACGUUUCUGGUAUUUCAUCAGGAAGCUGAAGAAAAUGAAGAAAGGUAGCGGUGAGAUUAUUUCUUGUGAAAGAAUACACCCAAGAAAGCCACUAAUGGUCAAGAAUUUUGGGAUUUGGCUGAGAUAUGAUAGUCGUUCUGGGACGCACAAUAUGUACAAGGAAUAUCGCGCAAUGACAGAGGAGAAUGCCGUCACUCAAUUAUACCGCGAGAUGGGUGCUCGUCACCGUGCCCGAGCAGAGUCUAUCCAAGUGAUUAAAGUGGAGUCGUUACCAGCAUCUAAAUGCCGUCGUCCGUACGUCACUCAGUUCCACGACAGCAAAUUGAAAUUCCCUCUGCCUCAUCGUGUGACUCGUCCUCUCCACCACCCAAGGUUUACAACAAGAAGACCUACAACAGCCUUCUAGUUUUCCAAUAAAUUUGAAAGGUUACUUGCAUUCAGUUUUCUCAAGUGUCAAUAUAUUGUAUAUCGGGAACAGUGUUUAAUAAAGCAAUAUUAUUUGUUAGAUAUUUAAAAAAAGUGGGAUAAAGUCAGCGAUUCCGAGUUACUUCACAAUUUGUCGUUUGCUGGUAUUGUGCUUCGUAAAUCGGUUUACCGAGUUCACUGAUUAGUAUGAGAUGUACGAAUUUGUAUGCUAACAAUGUGGCUAGUUUUCCGAGCAUCGAACGAGAGGUUUCGACAUCAUAAUUUAUAGACUGAGGCUUCAGUUAUAUAUUGACCAACCGGACAUAGCGUCAGGUGAUGGAGCUACUGACUAGUUAAAUCAUACAGUAGUGAAAUAUUAGUUACGACACAUCACGGUAAAGUAGGUGGUCUGGGAAUCAGUUGUGAUAGUCUAAGCAUGCUAGUCUUCAUCUCGUGCAUUGAUAUAACUGAGUUGAGUAGUUUGAAUGGGAAAGAUCUAAUCUUGGCCAAACAGGGUUUCUUUGUGUUUCGAUAAAAAUAUAAUCCAUAAUAAAGAAAUAGCUCCGAGGGAUUCUGGAAGUGGAUUCUUUAAUUACACAUACUGGUGCAAGGGGUCAGUCUUAUUGGUAGAUAUUGUAA